UUCUAUGACCCUUAUUGUUUCUCUGAUUUCAGGAUUUACGUAUUUGUGAAAUUCAAUUUACAGUUUCAACAAUUCAGCCGUUCGAAGAAAUAAUAUUUUCUUUGGCGGACCUCUGCUGUUCCGAUACAGCCAUUUUCGUUGGCAAGGUAGCCAAACGCUGGGAAACACUUGCAAGGAACAGAGAUCAGGUUGAUUUCAACGCGGAGUUGCCGUGGGAUCCUGAUCCGGGCUGGGCGUGAACAGUAAACUUUUCCCGCGAGUCCCAUCAUGCAGCUGAUAGAUAUUAAACUUGACUACAACCACUUAGCUUACUUUGACACUGUACUGCAAGAAUGCCUCCACCAACAGUCUAACCAGACCAUGAUUCAAGAACUAUCUCAAAAUUCUCCGGUCACGUGGAUCUGUGACUUCGGAGUUUUGAGUUACAACUUGAAGUCAUGGCGAGAUAUUUUCCCUCAAGUGCAGCCUCUCUUCUCCCUCCGUUACAGCAAAUUCGGAGUUUCUCCGCUAGUCAAGAAUCUAGGAGUUGGCUUUACAUGCUCUAACAAGCGGGAUUUGCUGUCUGCCGGUAAUUCUGGUGUCAAAACUCGAAAUGUUGUGUUCGAUGGAGAGAACCAGCCUAAAUCCAGUUUGAAAGCGGCUGUGGCGCAAAACUGUGUUGUAGCCGCGAACAACGAAAAAGAUCUGAAACAAAUCGAGUCGUUCGGGGCGGUCAACUCUAGAGUGAUUGUGAAGGUGUCGUGGAACAAGAAUGAAGAGUACUACAAGUCAAUUCUGGAUUGCGCAGCGAAGAAAAACAUCAAUGUUUUGGGAAUUGGGUGUGAUGUAUCAGCGUGUUCCAAUGAGGCGGAGAUCGAACAAAUUUUUAACAGAACAAUCGUUGCCAUGAAAUAUGCGGAAUCCCUUGGAUGUGCUAUUGAGUUUCUCAACUUGGGUGGUCUUUCUACUGCAGAUAGCGAUAAUUCGUUCAAAGACCAGCAUGUCGCCAAAAUCAACUCAAUGCUGGAAUCGAAGAUCUUUGAAAUUUGGCCAAAGCUGACUGUCAUAGCGGACGCCUCUGAUUGGUUGAUGAGCGAGGUCCUGAAAGUUGUUGUUACCGUUUCGAAGUCCUGUGGUGACAAGGGUGUUUGCAGUAUAACCGACAGUGUUUACGGCUCCUUUUCUGGUCUCAUGCAGUAUAGUGAAUAUCGAAUGUCUGAACCUUGGGCCCUUCGACCAGGUGCUUCGGAGUGUGAUGAAAACCUAAAGAAGGAGUUUACCAUUCUUGGAUGCGUUGGUGACGAUCUGGAUGCGUUGUCAGGGAAGUUCUGGAUGCCUGCAAAUUUGACUGAAGGAGACAAGAUCGUGUUUGACAGUAUGGAAAAGUUCAUCUCCAAUGCAACCCUGGAGUCUAUCCAAUUCAAUGCAUUGGAGGAACCUAAAAUUGAGGCUGUCAUCCACAGAGGAUAUUUGAAUCUGGCCAAAGAUCUGAAGUGUAAAGAGUUCCAACUGAAAGGCAGCUCCUCUCCAGCUGUCCAAUCGGAAAACAGGAACUUGAAUGCGGUAAUGACAGAGCUAAUUGAGAGCAUUUCAUUGGUUGAACAAGAUCAAGUGAACAACAGACGAAACCCACUGGCGGCCGAAAUGGGAAACAUCGCUGCUCUGGUAUCCUUCGAGGAAGCGACUAGCAUGCAAAUGAUGCUUAUGGAUCAGAUCGAGCUUCGAAACCAGCAACAAGAGCUCCUGGACGGACUUCACUUCUCGUGCUUAUGACUAGGCGUGGCAGAAGGACUAUCUAUGAUACGGAGGCUCCUUGAUUAUACCAAAAGUGUCAGAGCUUCAUUACUGAAGAAAUCUGGCCCUCCGCCGACUUUUGAGACUGACAUUUACAGACUUAUUGUGACGUGUUGAUUGUCGUUUUGAACUGUUACUGCUAACCAAUCCAACUAAUGCUACCCUAAACAUUUAUCAGCUGCAUUGAUGGGACUCGCCGGCUUCAAGGAAACCUAAAUGCUAUCAUGUAAAUGUUUUUAAAAAAAGAUGUUUGAUAUUAAGAUACUUAUAAAAAUUUUCUUGUUUCCUUGUUGCCGCCUCUUACCUAUGGUUUUUAUGUAUACCUUCUAUUAGAUGGAUAAAAGUGAACCGUAAUAGUUACUUUAAUUUUAGUUGACCCUUGAGAAAAGAGGUUCACUUCAUCUCUUACAGUAUAUUUUCCAUGUAUCUGUUAAGUCAGAUAGCAUUUCACAGAUACAUAUAUACUUGCAUUUAAAUAUAGAUUACUUAUUAUGUAUGGACUUCACUCAACCCAGUUCAUAAGAAGACUCAUGAUUAGUCGCAUACGGCCCUUGAUAAGUUGGUCAAAUUCUAAUCCGAUGAACUGAAGAACGUGCUUAUGUGUUUGUUAACUAUGUUUUCAUAAUGAUCAAAUUGAGCAGUUUUGCUCUUGAAGAUGGUGAUGAACUAAGUUGACCUAAUCAAUGUGUUCCAUGUUGUGAACUGCUCUUCACUUUAAUUUUGAGUUUGUUUCGUCUCAUAAUCAUGAUGUUUAAGGUAUAGUUCCUAAGCAGUUUUACUUGCAGUAUCGAUAAGAGAAAUGGUUCUCCUAUGUACAUGGAUAGCGAAGUUCUCUUUCGAUCAGAUAUCUGACUUGAAAAUGAAUUUAAAAGAGGCUCAGUCUA